AUGAAAAUACAAAUUGAUUCCAAUGUUCAAAACAAAAUACAAAUUGUUGGAUACGAUUAUAAAUCUUCAUUGGAUCAAGAUAUGUUAGAGUCCGAUUUGAUAAUAAGUCAUGCUGGAUCAGGGUCAAUCUUAGAAUCACUUCGAUUAAAUAAACCUUUGAUAGUAGUAGUAAAUGAAGAUUUAAUGGAUAAUCAUCAAGCAGAACUUGCUAUAGAACUUGAAAAUAAGGGAUAUCUAGUUUAUAGUUCAACCAGCAAUUUAUUAGAAAUUUUAAAAUCCCAAACCUAUGAGAAUUUGAUUCCAUUUCCGGAACCCGAUGCGACAAUAUUUGCUAAUAUAUUAAACGAGGAGAUGGGUGUAUGA